UGUUAUGGUUAUUGGUGCUUCCCAUGUCUGGGCUGCUCUAUCGCCAGUGAUAUGAAUGAGUGUUGUCUGUGUGGGCCUACCAUGGCCAUGCGCACCAUGUACCGCACCAUGUACCGCACCAUGUACCUCACCAGAUACAGUUCCUUUCCCUUAGCUUCUACUGUAACAGUCAUACGCUGCUCUAGGUCUGUUAUUCUGUCACAUGAAACAUUCUAACCAGAUGGACAGGCUCUGAUGUAUGUAUGAUGAGGCACUCCCUGCCUCUCUCCUGUCCUGGACUAAGUGUCUUGUUUGGUUUGGUGUCCAGGGCUCCCUGUGUGGGGACUUCUGUGCCAUCUUGUGGUGUAGGCUGUGCUCUACCUGUCAGCUGAAGAGAGACAUAGAUCUACGGAAGGAGCAGGGGAUCUUCUGA